GAACAUUUUUUUUUUAUGUUUUCUGCACUUUUUGUUUAGCUUGAUUUCUACUCAAUGGAUUGGUAACUAGUUCUUUCAGAACCUUAAUAAUAACACUUCCUCAGAACAGUGAAAUUACUUAAUCUAGUAAUAUAGGCCCCAAACAAACAUGAUAUUCAUAAAUUGUUAGCAGGGUAAAAAAUCGUUUAGUUCGAGUUCAGGGACUGCUUUUGCAUAAGCACUCAACACUUCUAAUAUAACGUGGUCUGUCUAAGGUUUUCAUUAUCAGCAAUGGUUUCUUUACAUCCAUAAGUCCUUUGGUUUUAAGUUAAUUAUUGGGCUCUGUCUUAUAGAAAAGUUGUCCUCCAUACUUUAGAAAGUUUCUUUAUGACAUUUAAUUUGACAUAAAACCUUAGAAAAUUAUGGAAAAUUUGUGAUAUAUGGACAUAACACUUCUAGUGAUUAACUCCUAAAAUAUUCAACAUUGCUAGAAAUGUUUGGUGAAAAAAGUGGAGAAAUUUGGUUACUGAAAGUUAAUAUGUUUACUCUUAUUUAUGUAUUUAUUUUGUGUGUCCUUACAUUAACUAUCUCAGUGUUGUGCGAAAUUAAUAAAUGAUCAAUACUUAUUUUUCUGAGAUUCAUAUGUGACUUAACAGGAUUGUUAAUACUUGAAGUCCAGUAAACGGUUGUUUAGUAAUAAGUUAAUCGACCUUAAUAAACACUAUGAAGUAUGAAAUUUAAUUUAUAAUCUUGGAAAAUUUAACUUUCUUCCUCUUCUAUUAGCAUAUUCCCAUUUGUCAAUCACAAGAGUUGAAUUUAUUCCUUUUGAGACUAUAUAUGGUAGAAAAGUCGUCAACGGUAACAAAUUAUUUGUUAUGAUUAACUCUUUAUUGUUAUAUUUUCAAUUUCAACAUAUGGUAUAAAUUGCUGUAGUGUAGUGCUGAAUUAAACAAUAUUUAUAAUGCUUUUGUCAAAAGCAUUAAUAAAGUAUACGUAAGGUAUUAAGUUAGAUUUGUAGAUUUGGUGAAUGCCAUGGUUAUAAAGAUCGCAGAAGAGUCAUGGUUGAUUUAAAUAAAAGACACUCACCUUGUAGGAUUUUCAAUGGUACUUGUAUCACAAAAAUUUGAAUAUGUUGGGGGACAAUUCCUUGGAAAUUUUAAUCUUGUUGUAUAAAUUUUGACAUUUUGAAAUUCUGAAGAGCACUAUAUCUCCUCAAUUAACUUAAUUGCAGUACUAAACAAUGCAUAACAUAGCUGUGUUUAAAUUAGUAGAUUAAUAAAUUUGUCUAUCGCUGUUGAUGCGCUGCCAUGUAAGAUGUGUGGAAAAAUUUAGAAUGCACAAAUUAUAAAUUAAGUUUUAUAUUUUGAAUUGAUUAUAAAGGACAGUUAGUUUGUUACUAAAUAGUUUCAUCCUUGGCAGUUUAUGUGCUUGAAUUCUACAUUGCUGAUUAGUUAAUAGUUGUUCCAGAACCUUAUCAUUGACACGUUCUCAUAGUAGUGAGAUUUAUAGUAGAAUUGAUUUAGUAGUAUAGGUCAUACAAAAAAACCAAGAUCUUUACUGAUUGUUGCUGGUCUAUCACUGUCUAAUUUUGGGAUGACAAGAGCUGUUUUCUCUUACAUGUUCUUCCUACAUUACUAACAUAUAACCUAAGUUUUGUAUCUUGUGUUUUGUAUUUUUGAAAAGAGAGAAAUAAUUGUUUAGUAAUAAGCUAUUUAAUCUUAAUAAUUAAUUAAAAAUGUGAAAUCUAAUUUAUAGAUUGAGCAAACUCAAGUUGAGCAUGAUUAUUUGUCAAUCUCGGAUUCGUUCCUUUUCAGAUUAUAUAUGAAGAGAAGUCGUCAGCAAUGACCUAAAUUUUCUGUGUAUUUUCACUUUCAACAUAGAGGUGUAAAUGACAUUUGAAUUUCUUGUGUCAAUGUUAAUCCUCGAGCAUUAAUUAAUAAUAUCUAAGUUUUGAAGUUAGUUUUGUAGUUUUGGCAAAUGGCAUGGUUUUUUUAAGUGAGGAUACACGCAGUGACAUGGUUGAUUAAUUAAUGACUAUUCUAUACUGUUAUAGUAUGGGCGUAAUGUUUUCAAUGGCAGUAUCACAAAAAUAUGAAUUUGUUGCCAAACAAAUUCCUUGCCAUGUAUGGUUUUGUUGUAUUAUGCUUGAACAACUCUGUUAAAAUGAAUGGUAGAGUAAUAAAUUUGGUUAUGGGAAGUUAUGGGCUAUCGUCUAUAAUCUCAACAGGAAUAAUCUAGGCGCUCUAUAUGACAAAUGGAGUCAUGCUAAUAAUACAUGAGGAAAAAUUUAGGUUGCUCUUUCUAUAAAAUUAGGAUUUACAUUUUGAAUUGUUUAUAAAGGUCGAAUAACUUUUACUAAACAACCUCAUCCUUAGCAAUGAGUUCCCAUUAUGAUUCUCUCCCAAUGUUUAUAACCACUAACAAUGGUGUUCUUGUCUAUCAUGUUGCUUGCAUUCCACCCACUGAUUGUUCAUGGAGACUCAACUUUGCUGGUAUGAUUUCUGACCGUGAUUCUGGGACUGCUGGUCUUGGGUUCAUUCUUCGUGAUGAGAAUGCUAUUUUCAAAGCUGGUUGUGCAGAGCCACUGUACAAUUGUGAUAACAUAGUCACAGCAGAGCUGACAGCUUUGUGUCAUGGCCUUGAAGUUGCUAUGAACCAAGGUGUGGAAUAUCUGAAGAUAGAGGGAGACUGCGGCGUUGUGUUUGAAGUGCUGAAUCACAAGACUGAAAUCCUACCACCAGGUAUUGAGAAACUUCUUAACAGGUGUAUCAAUUUCAUGAAGGCAUUCCGUGGGGCAAAGAUCCGUCAUGUGGUUAACCACAGGAACAUGGCUGCGAACAAGAUGGCUAGCAUAGGCUCUGGUGAGGACGAAGCUAUCUUCUGGUCUAGUACACCUCCCCCUGAGAUUUCUGAAAUAGUUGUUGAUGAUGUUAUUGGCCGCUGGGUGUCUGUGUCUGAAGUUUAAGUGAGAAAUUUGUUUGGUACUGGAAUAAAGCCUGGAGGUGUGCCCUUAACAUGUCCGUCUUCAACUUCAAGACAUUUUUAUUUUCGUUUCCAUUCAUUUUAGGCCAAGUCGCUAAACUCCAAGUGCCCCUUUGAGUUUUCUUUUUUGUUUUAGCUAUGUUCACUUUUGAAAUCCUACUCUCCAGUACUCCCCUCAUUCUCAUGUUAAUGCCAUCUUUUUAAUUUAAUGACUAUGCUUUGAAUUGUUCCAGUCUACUUUGGUUAACAAGCCAUUUGCUAAGGCUAUUGGUCAUGCUUAUCUUUUCCUCUUUCCUUAAAGAAGAGGAACAAUAAAUAAAUGAGAAGCUUUAGAUA